CCGAGCGAUGCUGCGGUCGCUUUGAAAACAAACCGCAAUCCAGGCAAUUCCAAGGACGGCAAGAACGAGCCGUGACCAGAUGCAGGCAUCUGGUGAAACAAUGAAUGCUGAUGACUGCAACGGAUGCUCUCAUGCAUCAGGCAGUGGCCAAGAGUCGGCGACAGAGCAGGACUUUUACAGUUCAAACAGUCAACAGUCCUUGACUCAUUGCUCCUUUGCAGAAAACUCCAUCAAGGCGGAGCUGUGCAGUGAAGAGAAAUCAUCACAAUCAAACAACCGAGAGAGUGACAGAAUGGAGCUGAUGGAGGGAGGGAGCGCAGAGCAAGCUGGGCUCGGCCAAGGGAAUUUUUACAGUGAGUUGGGCACUUCAAAAAGUGCUUCUUCGCCUGGACCCAUCCGACUUCCGAGUGGAAAGCUCCAAUGUGAUGUGUGCGGGAUCAUCUGCAUCGGACCCAACGUGCUAAUGGUGCACAAGAGAAGCCAUACAGGUGACGAGAGCCGAGCGAACAGUGAGCACCUAGGACUCAAAAGGGCAUGGUGGUUUUCACGCCUGUGUGUUGCUUGGUUGUUAGGUGAGAGGCCUUUCCAAUGUAAUCAGUGUGGAGCUUCCUUCACCCAAAAGGGGAACUUGUUACGACACAUCAAGUUGCAUUCUGGAGAAAAACCUUUCAAAUGCCCCAUUUGCAACUACGCUUGCCGGAGGAGGGACGCCCUAGCCGGACAUCUACGGACCCAUGCAGUUUCUUCGCCACUGGAGGGAAAGCCUUUUAAGUGUGUCUACUGUAGUCGGAGCUACAAACAGCAGAGCACACUGGAGGAUCAUUUUGACCGUUGCCACAGUUUUCUCAAGAGCCAGGACCAGAAGGCAGCAGUCAACUCAAAGACAUCCCAGCAGGAUGAUCCGUCUCUAAAUAUGGAGACAAUGGCUAAAACCACGCUGGACAUGUCCAAUGAGAAACCACAGAUUGCGGAUAGAUUAGUUGUUAGCAUCACCAAGCGCAAGAGGUCAACACCACAGAAGUUUCUGGCUGACGAGCACAUCCAUCGAGACCUGCUAGAAGUUCCUUGUGACUUGUCUUCUGGUUCUGAGAGGGAAGGGGAGCAUCUGAACCCUCAGCCAGCUGAAGACUCCACUGGUUUGAGUAGGAUACCUCUGCAAGACUCCAGAACCAAACGAAGGAACGGUGUGCCUCAUCCUGCCUUCCCAUCUGAGCUGCACGUAUUCAUGGGCUCCACUGACAACAACGUGCCUCCUCAAGGAGCCCCGGGUGGACUCUCAAUGGUGCCUCUUGGCCUGUCUGGUCAAGCAGCAGCCGAAGGGUGCAACGGUCACCCUUUGGUUCGUAGCCACACAACCUCACCCAACGGAUGUCCCGACUCUACGGAUACCGAGAGCACAGCAGAAGACCUCAGCACAAGGGCUGCAGUCCACACACGUACCUCCAACAACAACCAGCACCUCCACUACCAAACCCUAGCACUGCCCUACAGCCUUUCCACCUCCACACUCGGCCAGGCUAAAGAGAUGGACUCAGAGUGGGACAACAGAGUGUGUCCAUCACCUCCCACCCCAGUGAAGAGGUGCACUGGCUCACUGCUCCCUUCCAGGGAGAAAGUGCAGGUGUUGGACAGGGACGGUCAGCCUAUGCGCUAUUUCCACUGCCGCCACUGCCGCAUCCUCUUCCUGGAUCAUGUUAUGUUCACCAUCCACAUGGGCUGCCAUGGCUUCCACCAGCCCUUUGAGUGCAACAUCUGUGGCCACAGCAGCCGGGACCGCUAUGAGUUUUCCUCACACAUGAGUCGAGGAGAGCACCAACUGGCCUAAGGAGAGCCGGAAGGGGUGAGCGUUGAGAGGAGCCACUCGAGGCGUUGUGGGCUCAUGUUGGCUCUGCACCAGAUCAUGCUUUCAACCCCCAGUGUAAAAUGAAGAAUGUGUCCUAUUCUGAUUACCUUUGCUGGGUUUACAUGCAGACUGUUUUGUCAUUCUCUGGUCAACCGUUUACAUGUGACGUGAUCUAUUCCGAUCUGGCGUUAACAUAUGCCACUACAUUUACUGAAAACAGAUGUGUGACGCGCAGAUUCAUUUAAAUACCACAUCAUUUAUGAAGGUGGAGGUCGAUUGUCGGUUUUGCGCAGUAGUUGUGACAGUCGUGUUGUUGUGCUUUUAUGAAAGCAACAGCUUGAUAAAAAGCAGUUACAAGAGUUGAAAACAAGCUCUCCUGCCGCAGACCAGCUCUGGUUGGAAGUCGCCAGAUUAUCAAGUGUGAAGACGACGUCACAUUUAAGUCAAGACAGAGCAUGCGCAGCCUGGCGUUCCUAUUGAACAGCAUGCAUGACUCAUCAUCGGAUUGGCAACGGGAAUGUACAACCCCUGUGAAUCCAAAUUAAAAUCCAUUCGGGUCUGACAAGCGAAGCAGAAGCGGGUAAAGAAUCUUCUGAGAGCAGCAUUUACAAGUUUAUUGCGGCAAAUUAUGUAAUAUGAUUGAUUGCACUCGCUUAUUGAAUCAUCUGGCAAAAUGUGAUUUUGCUUUAAAAGUGCCUUUUGGGGGAUUCCCUCCAAACUAAAAAAAAAAAAAAAAAAAAUGAAGGUAACAGGUGCUGGGAAAUCACGACGAGCCAUCUUCUCUUUGAUUCAAAUUCCUCUAUGAAAAGGUUAUGUGCACAAGCAGAACCGAAGGCACAUUGUUUACAUUUGAAGAAUUGUGUUUGGCGUGCCUAGUACGCUUUAGGAGUUGAGUUUGGUUGUGCGGGAUGGUGUUUAGUUUGUGAGGUGUGUGAGCCUCAUGUGCGCUGUGCCUCUGGGAUUGGGGGGAGCUUUUGUCAAAAGGUAAAAGCUAAAAAGGACUGCCUUAACUCGAACUUGUUUACAGUGUUUGAAGUCAGAAACUGGGUCUGACCGUGAAGGUACAAUAGCUUGCGCAGGAUUUUGGAUCUUAAAAUCAGACCACGAGUCAUGAGGUUGACAAGGAAGAUUCUGACCAACUUAGCUCGGGGUGCUUCGAAAUCUACAGGACUGCCCCUGUCGACUCGCUGCUUGAACAUGACAAGUCUCUACCCAAGCACUUGAUGGUUGUACUUUGUUGUGCUCGUUCUGCACUGAGAUAACAGCUGAAUCCUCACAAUGACGGUUAUGUAAUUUGCCUUUCUCAGAUUCCCCUCAUGUUGCACAAGCUAUGACAGUCAACUUUGCUGCGGUGGAUGAUUGAGAAUCCACUAUCAUUUCAGCUAAAACUCUUCUGGCACUUGAGGCUGACAGUAUGGAGAUCUUCAUUUGAAUCAAAGUCAUUGUUUAGCAAGUAAAACUUGGGUUAUGUUGAGUUUGACUCGCAGGUGUUUCUUUAUUACCGGUAGUGUUGCUUGUUUCAGCCUUGGUUGUAUUUAAUCAGCUAUAUUCCAAAUCUUCUCCAGCGUAUUCCUCAAGCGGACAAGAGAUAUUACCUCCUGCUUCUUUCAAGCACCCAAAUACCUUAUUGCUACAGUACAGUGACUUUUCUGUUCAUGUUGAUUUCGGGAACACAAAUGGGACAAAACUCAGUAUUCUCGAAUUGUUAUUGUGGGUUUGCUGCUUUAAUAGUUGAACGUCUUUUUUUAAAUGCAGAAUGUAAUAAGAUGACAAACAAAACAAAAAAAGGAGCUAAAAUGAAGAAAUGUGCGUGACUGGAACACAGCAUGUGUGCUUGUCACCACCUUGCUUUCACCUGUGAACAGUUUUUAAAAAAUUUUUUCUUUAUCUUUUUUUUUUUUUUUUUUUUAUCAUGUGAAGUUCAGUGAAAAACGAGGCAUGGGUUUGUGUCUCCCUGUGUGGACUUUGUUGUGGUUUGACGCUAUUUUGUGAGUGAUAUUACAAGACAAAAACAAUUUACCUCAAAGUUCAACACGUUUAACUGCCUCAUCACUUCAAAAAGUCCUGUUGCUUUCCAAGAUGUUUCUGCAGUGACAAAUGCCCUCG